CGCCGGCCCGGUUAGUCCGCCGCCCGCAAUGAGAUUAUACGCACUGAUAUUGGUCCUGGCCGCGAGCCGCGCUGGCGCCCUCCCGCUCGACUCGGCGCCCGCGCACGGUGCCCAACCUGCGCAGGUGGCACCACUCGAAGACGCCGAUGCUGAGAAAUUACGCAACGUACCCGAUGUCAUCCCCGUCGCGAUCGUAGAAGACACAGUUGUACCCGCUAAGAUAGACGAAAACUCUAACGAUUACAUCCCCAGUGACGACAAACCCAGUCCGAUCAUUAAGCGCUUGGAGAUUGAUCUAAGCAACCCCGGACCACCGCAACGGCAGCAACACGAGACGCAAAAUCCCGAAUCGUACAUUGAAAGAAACUGGUUCGUCGCCGACAUUAAACAAAAGCUCUUAGACACUGAAAAUGUUUUCAAGAAGAGCGUUUCGAAUGUCAACGAAGGUUUUCAGAACUGGGUAUCGAACAGCGCACAUCUUAAGACGGUCCAAAGUGACAUCAAAGAUAUGCAAAGUAAAUUCAUAGCUCAGCUCGAUAAGCUGCAGCAAUCGGUUCAAAGCUACCUCAACCCACAGAGCGCCAAGGCGGUCAUCGUGGACCCCGAGGCCGCCGCCAAUCUGAAGGAAGUCGAAAGUCGCCUAAUAGUCUUAAAAAAUAACUUUGAGGUUGGCGUGCAAACUCUCUCCGAAGGUGUUAAAGUUUUGGAAGCGAAGGCCGAUGGCGACGCCAGCGCCGCCGCGAACCCCACCGGAACUGGCGCAACAAGCCCCAACCCUCCCGCCGAGCAAUCAUCUAAUAACCCCCUCGGUCAGGUAUUCCAAUUUUUCUCAAACACAAUGGGACAAGCGAUUACUCAAAUGCAGAAUACAUUCAAUUCUCUCACCAAUCCCUCAAACCAAAACGGCGGGAGCGACACCGGCAGUCAGCCAUCGUGGAACCCACUUCCGGGAUUAUUUAACCAGCAAAGCUCAACAGCCGCCCCGGCCGGCACGCAGGCUGACGAGGCUACCACUCGCCCGCCCUCCGCCUGGGACAACUUCCAACAGCAGCUGAGUCAAUUUUUUGGAAGUGAAUCGAACCCGUUCAAUCAAGCUAAUCAAUUCAUUCAAAACAUAAUAAACCAGGUGAGACCUUCGUCUGCAACGCCUACCGACACCAAUACAAAGCCUGAGAACGAUCCAGUGCAGCAGAACAAUGCGCCCGUGCCAUCCAAACCCAUCUCACCUCCACCGGCGCAGGUGCAACCUGCAGCCGCGGCCCAGCCACAACCCGAGCCUGUCCAGCCACAAGCCCCGGAACCCGCUAAAGAAAGCCAGGCGACAUCCCAACCUGGCCCUAUAAGACAAAUUAUACAGAACAAUCCUAUUGUGAAGGGAGUCGUACAGAGAAUACAGAGCUUCUCCAACCCGGAGAAACCUAGAGACAAGCCCGAGAUAGAAUCUGAGCCUGCGAAGCCUGAGAAAGCUUUAGAGCCUGAGAAUAUUGAGGACGCUAUCAAGGAAGAGACAGUCCCGGAAGCCAUCAAGGAGGAGGCAGCCUCAGAGGUCAUUAAAGAGGAGGUAGUUCCGGAGAUUAUUAAGGAGGAGGCAGUUCCCGCUACGAAAGGCCACGGCGGCGGCAUUAACUCUGUUAACUCUGGGGAUAAUAACGACAGCGACGGGAUAGCCGCUAAGAAGAUAGCCCUCGACGAAAAAAUCGAGGAAGUCCCGCACAAAUGUCAGAUGGAGAAGAAACAAGAACUUGCCAGUGACAAGGAGGAAAAAGAAACCGCUCUACUGCCCGAUAAGACUGAAUAGGUCCAUAGUGUGAUAGUAAAAAAAAUAGUAAUUUAUUAUUGACCUUAUUAUUUAAGACUUUAAAAUGUAAAAAAAUAAAGAAAAAAUUCAUA